GACAAGGACACCUCCCCCACUUCAACAAGAGGCAGCAGGAACGUUUACAUUGCAUUUCAUUCAAGCCUAAGCAACCCUGCACCUAACCCCCUCCUUGUCGGCAGCAACCUACUUCUUCCUUUCUUUCUUUUUAGCAGCUAACAAGUGGACUCCUCCCUCCUGUUUCAUUUCUAGAGAGAGAGAACGAUCGGAGACAUUAUUGUAACUUACUUUUAGAGAGAUAGACUGAAAAAAAAGGACGAGAGAGAGACACGGAAAUCGAGAAGAUGUUUUGACAGUGAGAGUCAAUGUUAGAGUGAAUAAGAAACUCUCAAAAAGAUUGAAGCUUUCAAGUUCAAUUAAGAACUCAAAAUAACACAAAAGAUUGGAUUUGGGCUUCAAUCUCUUCAGUUUUUCACAAAAUCACUACAAAGAUCGAAGCUUUGAAGUUCAAUCUCUUCCAAAAAAACAAAAUCAAGAAGAACCCUUGUUUUCUUUCUCCAAUGUUAGUCCAAGAUCGUGGAACCACUAACCCAAAUCCAAAAUCUCCCAAAUCACAAAUCAGAGCCGCCAUCAACAACCACCAUCACGACCUCAACCACCGCUUCUCAGAGUCAAAAUCUUUAGAUUUCUCGACAUGGGUAUCUGAGAAUUUCUGCAAAAUCGUCACAAUCACGGUGCUAGUUGCCACUGUCGCCGCCAUCCUCUUCCUCUUGAGCACUGGUGACACUGCUGCACUUAGCUACAUUCAAUCAAAAGCCCAACCUCUAGAAAAAACCCAUCAUCCUCCUCGUAUAAAUUGGAACAAUAUCCCAUCAAUCGCUGACAAAUCUUCGCCUUAUACGAAUUUCCGGUCAGAGAAAUGGAUUGUUGUUAGUGUCUCUCAUUAUCCUUCUGAUUCGCUUAAAAAGCUUGUUAGGAUUAAAGGUUGGCAAUUGCUAGCAAUUGGGAAUUCAAGGACACCAAAUGAUUGGUCCUUGAAGGGUGCAAUUUACUUGUCUUUAGAACAACAAGCGACUUUAGGGUUUCGGGUUUCAGGUUAUCUACCUUUUGAUUCUUAUUUAAGGAAGAGUGUAGGGUAUUUGUUUGCGAUCCAACAUGGGGCGAAGAAAAUUUUUGAUGCUGAUGAUCGCGGAGAGGUUAUUGAUGGUGAUUUAGGGAAGCAUUUUGAUGUGGAGUUAAUAGGGGAGGGGGCGAGGCAAGAGACUGUAUUGCAAUAUAGCCAUGAGAAUGAGAAUAGGAGUGUAGUGAAUCCUUAUGUUCAUUUUGGUCAAAGGACAGUUUGGCCGAGAGGGUUACCAUUAGAGAAUGUGGGUGAAAUUGGUCAUGAAGAGUUUUACACUGAGGUUUUUGGUGGGAAACAGUUUAUACAACAAGGGAUAUCGAAUGGAUUGCCCGAUGUUGAUUCUGUGUUUUAUCAUACCAGGAAAACUGGUUUGGAAGCCUUCGAUAUUAGGUUUGAUGAGCGUGCCCCGAAAGUGGCAUUGCCUCAAGGGGUAAUGAUGCCGGUCAAUUCAUUUAAUACGAUUUACCAUUCGUCAGCUUUUUGGGGUUUGAUGCUUCCAGUUUCAGUUAGUACUAUGGCUUCUGAUGUCUUGAGAGGCUAUUGGGGGCAAAGGCUUUUGUGGGAGAUUGGUGGGUAUGUUGUGGUUUAUCCACCGACUGUGCAUAGAUAUGACACAGUUGGAGGGUACCCUUUUUCUGAAGAGAAGGAUCUUCAUGUUAAUGUUGGGAGACUUAUUAAGUUCUUGGUUGCAUGGAGGUCGAGUAAGCAUGAGUUGUUUGAGAAGAUUUUAGAGUUGAGUUUUGCUAUGGCAGAGGAGGGGUUUUGGAGUGAGCAGGAUGUGAAGUUUACUGCUGCUUGGCUUCAGGACUUGCUUGCUGUAGGGUAUCAGCAACCUAGGUUAAUGUCAUUCGAAUUGGACCGGCCUCGUCCUAAUGUAGGUCAUGGGGAUCGAAAGGAGUUUGUUCCUCGGAAGUUACCAUCUGUGCAUCUUGGAGUGGAGGAAACGGGGACAGUGAAUUAUGAGAUUGGCAAUUUGAUUCGUUGGAGAAAUAAUUUUGGGAAUGUUGUGCUUAUUAUGUUUUGCAAUGGGCCUGUUGAACGUACUGCCUUGGAAUGGAGAUUACUUUAUGGGAGGAUAUUCAAAACUGUAAUUAUCUUAUCAUCGCAGAAGGAUGAAGAUCUUGCUGUUGAAGCAGGGCAUUUGGAUCGUAUGUACAAACAUCUGCCCAAGAUAUUUGAUCGAUAUAGCAGUGCCGAAGGCUUUUUAUUCCUUCAGGAUGAUACUAUCCUCAAUUACUGGAAUCUGCUUCAUGCAGACAAGACUAAGCUAUGGAUUACUGACAAGGUAUCCAAGUCCUGGACAACUGUGUCUGCCAAUGGAAACACAGAUUGGUAUGCGAAACAAGCAGAAAUGGUAAGAAAAGUUGUUGGCUCAAUGCCGGUUCACUUCCAAGUCAAUUAUAAGGAAGCCAUGAAAAGUGACCAGAGCCUUGUAAUAGGCAGCUCUGAGAUAUUCUACAUUCCUCAGCAGUUCGUGAUUGACUUUGUAGAUCUUGUUGGUUUGGUGGGUGAUCUAGAUAUUCAUCAAAAGGUUGCCAUACCCAUGUUCUUUAUGUCAAUGGAUUCACCUCAGAAUUUUGAUUCAGUGCUUAGCACAAUGGUAUAUAAGCCGAAGCCACCACCUGCUAAUUCAACUCUUUAUUCUGCUCAAGCACCUGCUGUUCAUCCAUGGAAUGUGUCUAGUGAACAAGAUUUCAUAAAGCUGACAAGAAUAAUGGCAGAAGGGGACCCGCUCCUAAUGGAGUUGUUUUGAAGGUUAAAAACAUCGUUUAAUACUCACAAGAGCCAGAAUAGAGUAAGAAAGAUUCAAAGACACCUGUAGCGCUACUUUCUACCUGUUAUACUGAAUUCUGUUUUUACUUUUUCCCAAUUUUUUUUUUUUUUGUCAAGGGGGAGGGCUCCUUUUCUUUUUCCUUAAUUUUUUGUAUUUUUUUUGUCUAACAUCUCUGUACAUUUACCCUGUAUCAUUCAUUUACUGAUGGGGAUUCCUCUGAUGGAAAAAUGUGUUAGAUCUUUUUCUUUGGCUGGAAAAUAUAAGAGAAGAAGAUACUUGUUUCAGUUUCUCUGGCGCUGUUCACGAAACGUUUUCAUAUUCUUCAUUUACUCAUAUUUCAAUGUC